CUAAAUCCUACGAAACGAAAGUUUGUUGAACUCCCAAGAUCUUUUUCCGGAGAACGGACGGACGUCAAGGCCAGAGCUGACAACCGCAAAUUGGAAAAACCUUGUGGACACGUGAGUGUUGAUAGGUAUCGGCAGUUCCCACUCUCAAAAGUUUUCGGUCAUCACAACCUACCUCAGUAUCCAUUUGCUUUUGUGCUGCCAUUCCCAAAGAGAGAAACCCAUAGCAAGAGACCAAAAUUUUGCUGAUCCUUUCAAAAGGCAACCAUGUUUUCACGUGUGUUUGCCAGUAAGCAUGCUUCCAGAGCACUCCUGGGGGCAACUGGGGCCGUUGGAGCUGGAAUGGUCUACACCAACUUGAACCCUCAAUUCACAGAACGCAACGUGGCUGCUUGUGAUGCCGAUCCUAAUUCCCAGACUGUUUUGGGAUUGCUGCAAAAUAUUUCUCAAAAAGUCAGCAAUAUUGAAAUCCUCCUGGGAGGUGGAUCCGGUACCACUUCUAGCAACUUUCCAUCAACUGCUGUUGCAGGAUCAGGCAAAGGCAUUGAUAUCGUCUUGGGAGCCCAGUGGGGAGAUGAAGGAAAAGGAAAGCUUGUGGAUAUUCUUAGUCAGGAGUAUGACGUGUGUGCUCGCGUAGCUGGAGGAUCCAAUGCUGGGCAUACCAUUGUCGUAGAUGGCGUCAAGUACAAGUUCCAUCUCUUGCCAUCUGGAAUUCUCAACGACAAAGCACUGUGCAUUGUUGGCAAUGGAGUCGUCGUUCAUCUGCCUUCCUUUCUCAAUGAACUGGAUAGUUUGGGAGGCAAUGGAAUUUCAUACAAUGGGCGAGUCUUUGUCUCGGACCGUGCCCACCUGGUUUUUGAUUUUCAUCAGGCCGUGGAUGGAAAGCAGGAGGAUCGUCUAGGCCGACACAAAUUGGGGACCACCAAAAAGGGUAUUGGUCCGGCAUAUUCCAGCAAAAUCCAACGAAAUGGUCUCCGCGUGGGAGAUCUGCAAGACUACGACUAUUUUGAGAGACGGUUUCGGGAACUCGCGGACCAUCACAUGAGGUCCUACCCAGGCUUGGAAAUCAACGUGGAAGAACAGCUAGCGUACUACAAGAGCAUUGCACCCCGUGUCCAGGAAAUCACUAUCGAUACAAUCGCCUUGUGCAAUCAACAAUUUGAGGAUGGAAAGAAAAUUCUUGUUGAAGGUGCCAAUGCCGCCAUGCUGGAUAUUGAUUUUGGAACCUACCCUUUUGUCACCUCGUCCAAUCCCAGUGUGGGAUCGGUUUUGACCGGUUUGGGUGUCAGCCCUCGCAAGCUACGCGGAAUUUACGGAACAGUAAAGGCCUACUGCACCCGUGUAGGCCAGGGUCCGUUCCCCACCGAGUUACCCAUCACCACCAAGGGAGAUGCGGGAAUGCACCUCAGCCAGGUAGGGGCCGAGUAUGGAACCACCACUGGCCGUGCUCGUCGUUGUGGGUGGUUGGAUAUCCCACAGCUGAAAUAUUCUACCAUGAUCAAUGGCUACACCGCUGUGAAUCUGACCAAAAUUGACGUUUUGACUGGAUUGGAGCAAGUCAAGAUUGGAAAAGCAUACAGAUACAAGGGCAAGUACUUGUCCUCGAUGCCUGCUUCACUCGAGGUCCUUGGCAACGUUGAAGUCGAAUAUGAAACGCUCCCUGGAUGGACGGAAGACAUUUCGCAGUGCCGAACGUUUGAGGAACUGCCAUUGAAUUGUCAAAGGUACAUCCUCCGUGUGCAGGAACUGAUAGGUGUACCCAUUCGUUGGAUUGGCGUGGGUCCAAAUCGACUGGAUGUCAUUGACCGCGGCGUUGGCUGGGAUCUCUCCGAGUAGGCGAUGAGAAGACGAGAGAAAUUAUCAUCAUAGAUAGCAACUGUGUUUAUGGAUGGCUUGCUUUAUCUAUUUUUC